CUUUGGAACAAAAUCACUGCUUGAACUUUUCCAAAUCCUGUGGUAUCGAAGUAGACGGCACGUCCCCUUACCUUGAUUCUGUUCGUUCGGCUCAUUUUUUUGUUCCGAAAUUAUCGAUGGAAAGCCACACUUUUGGUGACAAAUUGUUGUCUUUAUUUUCCAUUCCUGCCAGUUGCCUACAAGGUGUAUCAACUGUAAAAAGGGCACCUACAGAAGAAUUGAAAGCCAUCUUUGAAAAGUAUGCCUCUGUUUCGAAAGAAUCUGAAAAGCUGAUGACCUCAGCUGACUUCAUCCGGGGAUUCCUUGGCCUUUUCCCUGAUGCAAACCAUGAGCCAGCAUCUGUUGCUCUUCUUGGUGGAAUUGUCGAUUCUAGUAAAGAUGGGCUUAUAUCAUUUCCUGAGUUCCAAGCAUUUGAGGGACUGCUAUGUCUCCCUGAUGCACUUUACCUCACUGCAUUUCAACUCUUUGACACCAAUGGUUCAGGAUUGGUGUCUUUUGAGAACUUUGAAAAGGUGAUGAAGCAAACCACUUUGCAUCAACGUAUUCCGUUUGAUAUGAAUGGCGAAUUCGUUCGCCUCUAUUUCGGGAGAGACAAAAGCCGGCAAAUUUCUUAUUCGGAGUUUAGCCAGUUCUUGCAUGAUUUCCACGAGGAGUAUGCGAAAGUAGCAUUUAAAAGAUACGACCCAGAAGGAACGGGUUUUAUAUCGGCAUUGGAUUUCAACGACAUUAUUUUAAGCGUGAAAAGUCAUCUUCUAACGCCCGAUGUUGAAGCCAACUUGAUUGCUCUUACCCGUGGAGGAUCAAGCCCGGGAAGUAAAGUGUCAUACGCGUAUUUCGUGGCCUUUACGUCUCUGCUCAACAAUAUGGAACUAAUCAAAAAGCUAUAUCUACAAGCCACAUCUAAUAAAUUUGAUCUGGAAGUUACUAGAGAGGAGAUGCUUCAGGUUUCACAAACAAUGUCGCAAGUAACUCCUCUGGAACUAGAGAUUUUGUUCCUUCUUGUUGAUCUUCAUAAACAAAAUGGUCGCAUCACUUACGCCGAUCUUCAGGCCAUCGCUCCUGAUCAGUAUAUGAAAAAGAUAAACCAGCGCUUGGCAGCAGCCAAAUCCGCGGCACCUGUUGAUCGGAGUGUCGUGAGCCAAAUGCUUGAGAGUGCAUAUCGUUUCACUUUGGGUGCCGUUGCUGGAGCCGUGGGAGCUACGGCCGUCUACCCAAUUGAUCUGGUCAAAACUCGAAUGCAAAACCAACGAAGUGGCUCGUUUGUCGGUGAAUUAAUGUACCGCAACUCGAUAGAUUGUUGCAAAAAGGUCAUCCGCCAUGAAGGGUUCUUUGGCCUUUAUCGUGGUCUGAUACCGCAGCUGAUGGGUGUCGCCCCAGAGAAAGCCAUCAAACUCACUACAAACGAUUUGGUCCGUGAUAAAUUUACGACGAAGGGUAAAAUCCCCCUUUACGGCGAGAUGAUUGCCGGAGCGUGUGCUGGUGGCUCUCAGGUGGUGUUCACCAAUCCAUUGGAAAUAGUCAAAAUUCGUCUGCAAGUUGCGGGCGAAAUCGCCUCGGCCUCCAAAGUGGGCGCCGUGUCCGUCGUUAGAGAACUCGGAUUUCUCGGUUUGUACAAAGGUGCAAGAGCGUGUGCUUUGCGAGAUAUCCCGUUCAGCGCAAUUUACUUCCCGGCUUACGCCCACACCAAAGCUGCUAUGGCUGAUGAGAAUGGCUACAAUUCGCCGCUCUCGCUGCUCGUCUCCGGCGCCAUCGCCGGAAUUCCUGCCGCUUCACUCGUUACGCCCGCUGACGUCAUUAAAACCCGACUCCAGGUAGUGGCACGUAAAGGGCAAACUACCUACACCGGUGUGACGGACGCAGCUCGCAAAAUUUGGGCCGAAGAAGGAGGACGCGCAUUCUGGAAAGGAGCUGGAGCUCGUGUAUUGCGCAGUUCGCCCCAAUUCGGUGUUACCUUGGUCACCUAUGAACUGCUCCAGCGUUUCUUUGACGUCGACUUUGGCGGAAGCCGACCAACGGGAUCGCAAACCGGCAAGGUGGAGCCACGUGCCAUCCAGAAGCCGAUCCCUGCCGACCACAUCGGUGGCUACCAGUUGGCGUUGCCCAUCUUCUCCGGAAUGGAAUCCAAGUUCGGCCUUUUCCUACCCAAGUUUAGAGCUGGCGCCAUCGUGCCCGUUGCGCCAUCUCCAUGAUCAUUUUUUUUUUUGUUUCUGUUUUUUUUUUUUUCUUUUUUUUUUUGCCGAAGGACGUCCUGGUUGUGUAGUUUUAAACAAAUGAAAAAUAGGGGAACUCAAUCUGAUUCAAUUCUUAAAAGACUGGCUUAAAAAAAAAGAAGGCAAGAAAACUCUAGAGCAAAAAACACUGGCCAAAUAAUAAGACAAAAUUUAAGAGAUAAAAAGUUGUUUUGACUUUUGAAUAGUCGGUUUUGAAUUGUAUCUAUUGGAACGUAAACUAAUUAGUGUACAUGAUAUUGUUGAUUGCAAAAAUACUUUUCCGAAAAUGA